AUGGGCCGGGCGCCUGGCAGCCGCGCCUUCCCGGAGCGCACCGAGCGGCUCUCCACCUCCUGGAGCCCCGAGACCAUGGGGAAGCUGCUGGCUUUGACCCUAUUGGGGAUCGGCCUGGCCCUAGUUGGGGAGAGAUUAUUGGCAUUUAGUAAAAGAAGUAAUAUGUCCCGAGAGGUGAAGCCAGUAGUACCUGGAAACUGUUACCAUGUUGAGGGAGUUGAAAAUGGCUCUGAAGAUAUUGAUAUACUUCCCAGUGGGCUGGCUUUUAUCUCUAGCGGACUAAAAUAUCCGGGCAUGCCAAGUUUUGCGCCAGAUGAACCAGGAAAAAUCUUUUUGAUGGACCUGAAGGAGCAAAGCCCAAGAGCCCAGGCAUUAAAAAUCAGUGACGGAUUUGACAAAGCAUCAUUUAAUCCACAUGGGAUCAGUACUUUCAUCAAUGAAGAUCACACAGUGGAUCUUUACGUUGUGAAUCAUCCCCACAUGGAUUCCACAGUGGAGAUAUUUAAAUUUGAAGAACAACAACACACUCUUGUGCACCUGAAAACUAUAAAACAUGAACUGCUCGAAAGGGUGAAUGACAUUGUGGUUCUUGGACCAGAACAGUUCUAUGCCACCAGAGAUCACUACUUUACAAACUUCUUCUUGUCACUGUUAGAGAUGCUCUUGGAUUUCCGCUGGACCUGUGUUCUUUACUACAGUCCACAAGAAGUAAAAGUGGUGGCCCAAGGAUUUAGUUCUGCCAAUGGAAUCACAACCUCACUAGACAAUAAGUAUGUCUAUGUAGCUGAUGUAACAGCUAAGAACAUUCAUGUAAUGAAAAGAAGUGACAACUGGAAUUUAACUCAACAGAAGGUAAUACAGCUCGACACCUUAGUGGAUAACCUAGCUGUUGAUCCUGCCACGGGAGAUAUUUUAGCAGGAUGUCAUCCUAAUGGCAAGAAGCUGCUGAUCUAUGACCCCAAGGAUCCUCCAGGGUCAGAAGUACUCCGCAUUCAGAAUGUUCUGUCCAAGAAGCCCAAAAUAAGCACAGUAUAUGCUGAUAAUGGGUCUACGCUUCAGGGCAGCUCUGUGGCUUCUGUGUAUCACAGGAAACUUCUCAUUGGCACCAUAUUUCACAAACUUUUGUACUGUGAACUCUAA